UAUCAAGAAGAAGAACAGAAGCUCUUCCAUGGAAACAAGGGACGCCAGUCUGCUGGUAUGAGAGAGUGAAUAGUUAAAACACGAUGAAACCGGAUAUAUUGUGUUAUUCUGUAGAUGAUGAAUUGUUCAGAGGUUAGAAGAUUUCCGAAUGAAUCCAAAGAAAGCGCAAUAUGCAGCUAAAACUAGCUGCUAUCGGUUUAUUUCCAAGCUAGCGUAAAAUGUUUCUCCUGUGUGGUAAAAACCAAAGGAGAGGAAAAUGUAAGGGGGGAAAACGACUGACUACGUAACGGACAGCUCAUGAGAACCAGCUGAAACAUGUGGAAGGUAAGCGGUCGGAGUUCGGCUCUGAACCGGGCUGAGGCGCUGCUGUCAGCCAAGAGGAGCAGCGCAGGAGACGGAGGCUCCACACAGGACUCACCCACCAAAACACAGGGAGCCUCCUUCAGAACUGGACCUGUUCCUCCAAACAGCCACAACUUGUUCUCUGACCUGAGUGACCUCGCCUCAGAGACCUCUGCUUCUGAACAGGGUGCUGCAUCUGCCACACUUGCUAAUACACAAGAAAACCUUGAGAGAAAGGGAGAUUCAACCCAGGAUCUCAGGCCUCAGAGUUCACUGGGAGAAGGGAGCAGGUUCCUAAAGAAGGCUCCAAAACCAGCUAACAGCAGCCACUCGCCGGUCAGCAGGAACCGAGCACAGGCUGUGGUACAACCAAGAUGUGUGUCAUCCUCCCAGCAUGGCUCUCAGGCUCCAGCCUUGCGUAGGCUAGCUGAAAUUGAGAGUCGUGUCCGGAGCCGCAAGCAGGAGCUAGAACAGGCUAAGAAGGCCUCAGCAGCUGUCCUCAGUCAAGCCUCGGAUGUGGAAAUGUUGCCAGCUGCAGCCGUCCAGAUCAGGGAGGCCUCUGCGGCCCUGUCAGCGCAGUUCGACACUGACCAGAGCCAGAGGGAGGACUGUUUCCUCAAAAAGAAAAACCAGAGCAUCUCUGCUCCCGCCGAGGCAGCAAAACAUGCUGCUGCUGGCGUCGGGUUCAGAUCACAAGCCGGGAAUGCUGUUGAACAUUCUGGAGGGUUGGAGAGGAAGCCAAGGAGACCAAUGAGCGGUGUGAGUCUGGAAAGUGAUGAAGAAGACAUGAGGAAACUGCUUGGAGACUCAGUAGAAUCGAUCAGCAUGUCCGGACCCGGGAGAUCUUCAUCUGUGAAAAGACCACACAGGACACUCAGCAGUGCCGGUGAGGAGGGUGAAAGGCCAACUGCUGCCCACCCUUCACCGCCCUCUCCUACCUGUCACAGCUCUCCGUUCCGAUUCACCGGUCAGGCCCGGGCCCAGUUCAGUCCCUCAGCGCUGUCCCCGUCGCCCUCUUCACCCCGUCGCCCCUCCACCACCCCAGAGAAGCAGGGCUCCUCUCAGAAGGCAGAGGAUCCGGAGCACAGUCAAUCAUCCUCGUCAAGCCGUGCGGAAGUCCUUUCUCUGGAGGAGCUGUUCCCUGUGGGGCCGGGAUCUGAGCAUCCACACAGUCACAUGAGUUCAGCUUCUUUAGAAGAAGGCCCAGGAGAGAUCAGGGUCAAUGUGAUGACUCUCGAUGAGCUGACACCCUCUGAAACGCCAGGAAAACAGAAUCAAAACAAAAUGGCCGACGCUGUCCCUGGAUCCCAAAGUAGACGCCGGCUGUCACCAUGGGAGGGGGAGGAGGAAGAGACGGCAGUGGACUAUCACAGCGACUUUGACACUGAUUCUAGCGCCAGGCAGAUUUCAGAGUACCUUGGAGAAGGUGAUGAUGAGGAAGCAGAGGUCAGAUCAGAGGUCAGAUCAAAGGUCACACAGGCGGUUUCCAGGACAGUUGAGUCUCUCAGGAAGACAGAAGAUGAUUAUUCCAGUACUUUCUCCAGUGUGAGAUCAGAAUCGUUCAGCAGAAGCAGACAGAGCUUCUCUCAGCAUUCAGGAAGGCAUGUUUCAGUCAGGAGAAGUUUCAAAGACGCAGCAGCACAGACGUGGCCUGAUCCACCAGGUUACUCCUGGUCAGCAGGUACGGCUCCCCUGGACCCCAUGGUUGGUAGGAUCUACAUGGGGCCCACACAUGUGGCCCCCCAUGCCUUCAGUGCAGACAGGUUAGAAGCUGUGAGCAUGUUGGACCCAGCUGGAUUUGCUCUGAAUGAAAUGCUGAAGCAGCAGCUGGCCAUGACCAAGCAGUUCAUGGAGCGCAGUGAACACCUCCAUGCCUGCUUGAUGCAAAGCCUGGAGCCCCCCAACUACAGAUACACCACGCUGGAGGAAACCAUGCGGAGCAUCUGCAGGCGCAGACGUCCCAAACCUCACAGGGAGAAAACAUAGAGGAGGUUCUACAGGAAAUGGAGGCUGAGCCAGCUGACCACUUUCUACACAUUCACUAAAACAUUUUAACAAUGGAUUGUUAUAGCAAAGACAAAAAAAAUAAACAAACGGUCAGAGUUAA